AAUUUGAAGAUGCAAUUUAUGCUGCACAAGCAUUACAAGAGUUACAUGGUAAUCCAUUAAGCAAUUCUAUUAAGGGUGGUAUUCGACUAUCUUUUAGUAAAAAUCCUUUGGGUGUACGCCAAAAUACAGUAAAUAACAAUAGCUAUCCAUUGAUGAGUGCAUUUAGUAAAAGAGAAACAAUUACAACUGCUAAUUCUACUACUACUACUACUAAUUUUUGAUUUUAAGUUUUUAUUUAUUAAUGCUUAUUAUUUAUAUAUAUACAACAAAACAUAUAUUCACAUUGAUACAUUUAUCUAUUUUACUCACUUUUGUUAUUAUUACUUACUUUUCUUUUUUUUUUCGUAUAUGUAAAAUGUAUACUAUGCUGGCAUUCUUCUUCUUUUUUUUUUUUUUCUCAUUAGUAGUUUUAUAAUAAUUU